AGUUCCGUACAGAUCACAUUUGAAGAGGGUCCUCAGUUACCACCAGCUGCACAUAUAAGUCACGUGACGUGCAAGGGACAGUCGGACCGCAGCAUGGUGCUGUCCUGCCAUCUGUCAGCUGAAGCUGUGAAAUUCCCGGUCUCCGUUACUCAGCAGUCCCCAGUUGCUGUUUCUGUGGACACCUAUCAUGUCACUCUGGCUGUGCUGCAGGCUCAGGUGGAGAUCCGCUUGGAGGAGGUACAGAACGAAGGUCUCCUGGUGUCGUGGACCUUCAAGGACAGACCAGACUUGAGCCUUUCGGUUCUUCCGAGACUUCAGCUUCGCGAGAAGAAUGAAGGGAGAGCGGAUCUGUCCACCAUAAAGGAUCUGAUCGAGGAUACCAUUGUCAGCACGCAGCCAGCCAUGAUGGUGAAUCUGAAGGCCUGCGCCACCGGAGCCGGUGCGGUACCCAGCAAUAAGUUGACUCGAGAGUCCCCGUCCGGAGUAGCAGCGGCCCCUCUGGGUUCUAAGCUGUUGCUCCGGAAUCUUCGCGUGCUGAACUUGGGCUGCCGGGGGAAGGGAGGAGCGGGGGAGGUACGCUGCGUGGCAGGGCUAGACAGCCCCCCGCAGCAGAAGCGGACGAGGCCAGCGACAGCUGGCGGCGCCAGUGCCGCAGCAGAGAUGGAGUGGAACGAGGAGCUCUUUCUGGAGUUGGGACCUAGAAGUAAAGAGCUGAAGCUACAGGUGCUGGGGAACAGUGACGGAGGGGGAAAUGUGCUGCUGGCCCACGCCACGCUUUUGCUUGAUUCUUUGGGCAAACGACCAUCUGGGAGACAGGUCUGCUCACUGGCCCCAGGAGCCGGGCAGUCACUGGCGGCCGAAGCUACCAUUGUAUUGGAGCUGCUAUUCCAGGAGUCUCCUGCAUCUUUGAACGCUCAGCACGCUGCAUCUCUGCGAACCAGCAUCACUCCCACUAAGAAGGUGGAGAUGGACCGGACCAUCAUGCCCGACGGCACCAUCGUGACUACCGUCACCACGAUUCAGUCCCGGCCCAAGGCGGACUGCAAACUGGAUUCACCAUCGAGGUCGCCUUCCAAGGUGGAAGUGACUGAAAAGAAGACAACGGUGCUUCUGGAGGGCCGCUGCCCUGGCGGCCCCUCGCCNNUGCGCUCAGGGGAUAGCCAUGUGCCCAACGGCUUGGAUCCGGUGGCCGAGACGGCGAUCAGGCAGCUCACUGAGACGAACAACAAGCCCGCCAAGAAGACCCCGACAAAACGUAGCACGCUGAUCAUCUCGGGAGUUUCCAAGGUACCUAUUGCUCAAGAUGAAAUGGCACUUUCUCUGGGUUAUGCCGCGUCCCUGGAGGCCACGGCGUACGGGGAUCCUGCGGCGGAGGGCGUAGCUGACCGGAUACGUGAUUCCACCGAAUCGUCGCGGCUGCUGGAAACGUCGCCAUCGGGACAAAGAGCCAGUCAGGAGCUGGAUGAGACGACGCGAUCGGACGUCUCUGAGAGACCGUCGGUGGAAGAUGUCGAGUCUGAAACUGGCUCCACGGGAGCCCUUGAGACCAGGAGCUUGAAAGAUCACAAAGUUAGCUUUCUUCGGAGCGGUACCAAGCUCAUCUUCCGGAGAAGGAGCAAGCAGAAGGAAGCGGGCCUGAGCCAGUCGCACGAUGAUUUGUCCAAUGUUGCCGCCAACUCUGCUGCCAGGAAGAAAGCCGGCAGCUUCUCCCGCCGCCUCAUCAAGCGCUUCUCCUUCAAGUCCAAAUCCAAACCCAAAGCUAGCGAUGGCACGACAGCAGGGAAGGGGCCGUGCCGCAUGCGCGCACCGGCUGUUGUACGAGCGGAACCCUUUCCCUCGGGGACGGUUGGGGGUGUCGACAGCGGGGCGCUGGGCCGUCUUCCGGACCUGCGGAGGGCCUGGCCUCUCGCGGUUCUCGCGCCGAGGACCGGCACUGCGCUGGGGAUGGACGGCGAGGAAUGUGGCAAUGCUGCUUUCCUCUAUGCGAGCGCCCGGUUCCUGCUGCAGCGCUGGCGGAAGCUGGCAAUCCGCGGCUCGCCUCUAGCGAUCCGGCUACCGAUGCACGGGUUUACGAUCCGUAAGAUCGUGGCGAGGGCGGUAGCCUUUGCGGUGCUCCUACGAGGCAAGGGAUUCCCGAGACGGCGGCGUCGGCCCCGGAAGGCGCGACCGGCGCCGAGACCUUCGGCGGAGCCCGGACG